UUUAUCGCUGAUGACACAAGAAGCAAGUGCUAGUAGUAGUACCUGAAUCCGCAGCAGCGGCCUUGUCCGUUCCCAAGCUCGACAGCAUCAUCCUUCUGCCCGUUAAUUCCAUUUCGCGCAGACGGCCGGCAACAGCCUGAGUAACACCCGCAAGAAUAGCACUAUGAUCCCCUCACCCCGAUCCUUCCUUGCAGGUUGGAGACCUGAGACUCAAACGUCCCCAGAUAUUCCACCACUCGUAGCGGCCGAGAUCGCACAAGAAUAUGCGUCAUUGAGAGUUCCAAAUGGGUGCCCCAAAGGGAUGUUCCUCGUUCCCACAGAGGAAACGCUCUUGAGAUGGCAUGGUGUCCUCUUUCUACAUCAUGGUCCAUAUUCAGGAUCUAUCCUGCGCUUUACUGUUGAUUUCCCUUCGAACUAUCCUCAAAGUGGCCCUACAGUUCGUUUUAACUCAGAUGUAUUUCAUCCUCUGGUUGAUGCAAGGACAAAAAUAUGGCAUCCUCGAGGCAACAAAAUGCAAUGGAGACCAAAAGUGGAUCAUAUCUCCCGGCUAUUGCAUGAACUCAAGAGUAGUUUCAGCCGCGUGACUUUGGAUUUAAUUGAAGAGAGAGAGGCAGUAAACAAACACGUCUGGUCGCUAUACCAACACUCUCGCCAAACGUUCAUUUCCUUGACAGCUCAACGUGCUGUACACUCUGCGUCCCAAACGGUUCUCUUCCCCGCUGUCUACUCUCAAUCUCCAUCAUCCACGACCCCUCCAAGAAGGCGACAAACAUCCUUGAAUAGCUUAUCUUCUGAUGAUGGAUUGGGGCCAACUGAGCCUCUAAUCAAUUUUAAAGAGGUUAACCUUGAUGAGAAAGAACAGCUAUUGGCCCGGCUGAGAAGUGCUUAUUAAUAGGGUGACAAAUAAGCGUAACAAACUCUGUUAUAUGUUAGUCAUGUGAUUACACUGUUUAUCUUCAUUCUCCUCAUCAACAAUCAAUGAAGCUUGACUUCUUUA